AGUUACAUCACCUCUUUGCUACGGUACGUACCGACCUAUCGACCCCACUGACGACUGGUUUAUUUUCGGCCGAAACUACAGACUUAGGACUAUAGGGUACGAUACAAGCGACUUAACAUUAUAAGUCAGCGACUAUACAUAAUUUAAACAUGGUUGUGACGAUGUUAUUUAGAUUCGGUGUCAUUCUCACACCGGACACUUCGGAUAUGGAGGUAUUUGUUUUAGGCUCGCGCGAGGAAAUGGGUCACUGGGACCCGAACAGAGCGGUAAAGAUGAAAGCCUCCCAGACGCUCGCGUCAACCCAUGAACCUUGUCUUUGGAUCGGAGAGGUGCAGCUGGCAGAGCCGUACAGAGACACGCUGUGGUUCAAGUUUGUCAAAACAGUCAGAGGCGCCUUUAUUUGGGAAGGUACGAACCAAUAUUUCUGUUGUCAAUUCUGCACGUUUCGACUUGUGCGUAUAUAUGCGGCCUUGGAGACCUCAGACAGUGUUAAGGAGCCUGUCUCUAACAAGCUCAGACAGAAAUGACAGCCUCCAUGUUUGUUUCUUGUGUUAUAUCAUUGUCGCCACAAGAUGGCGACAAAACACUUUGUGGUGUUCAGAUUUCAGCGCACCAGUAAACUUGUAUGCAUUAGUAAAAGUUAAAUUAGUAAGCAGGCUACUAAUACCAUUAAUGUGAAAUAUUGUUAGACUACUGCAGUUUAUAUAUAUAUAUAUAUAUAUAUAUAUAUAUAUAUAUAUAUAUAUAUAUGUGUAUGUAUAUAUAUAUUUUUUUUUAAAUAUAUAAUAUAAAUAUCAGCCCCUCUCCUAAUGUUGCGCUAUUUCUGUUUUGCUAUAUUGAUAAUAAUGAUGCACCAAAAUUAAGUAUCAUUUCAUCCUAAUAUUGUUGGUCAACAGAUGCCAGUUCAUCAGAUGGUUAACAGAUUACCUGUGAGAUUAAUGUAGAUUUAAGUAAAAUAUCUAAAAAAUGAAAAAUGUCUCCUCUGUCCCAAAAUAUCUUAAAAUGGUGAGUUAGUCACUAUGUUCAUUUUGUCUUUCUCAGGCAGUGGUCCCGGCCAUGACAGAUAUUGUACAUAUGAUGAGAUGAAUGUGGUGGAUGGAGUGUAUUGCCACCCGAUUGAUCACUGGAUAGAGGAAACAGGACACACAGAUGAAAUGAAGCACACCACCAGCUUUUAUUUCAGUGUGGCCGGUCAGAGGGCCAUGCAUUUCUCCAGGUAAUAGCAGCAGAAGAAUAUCAAUCUACAGGAUAGUUUAUGGGAGUGCUGUUACUGUCAUGUCAUGAAGCAAGUAAACAGGGUGUUUUUCCCAGCUGCUGUGACUUAAUUUUUGCACAUUAGUCACAAAAAUAGAGAUUUUCUUUAAUAAAUGGCCCAACUUUUUCCUGUAGUUAUCAAGUUUUCAGCCUUAAAUGGAGUAAAAUCCACAGCAUGCACGACGCUAUAUUUAAUUUAAACUUAAAUUUUAAUAAGAAUCCAUGAGACUAAUAAAUUACCAUGUCAAAGUGUGAUUGUUUCUUGAACCACACUGAGAAUCCCAUCAGCACCCUUCCUCUUACCUCCCUCUUAGAUUUCAAACAGACUUCUUUCAUACAUUCUGUUUUGGUCCCGUCUUCACUUUUGCUUUAAUAAAAGUCUUCACAGAGUUGUGCAAAGAGAACAGGGCAGUCAUGUCACAUUUCUUUCUGCUCCAAGCGAGUCUCUUUAGGGCAGACACAAGCCUCUGUCACCUUCUCAUGGUCGUUCUUUGUUUUUUAACCUAGCUCACUCCCAUUUAAGUUAUAAUUGCAGUCUGUUCCUUUAAUAUCACCGUCCUUUGGAGGAGUAGACCACAGUUCUAUUAUCUCUUUCUUAACCUUGUUGGUAAAACUGAAGUAAAGGAGAGGGCAUCGUUCAGAGUUUUACUUUGGUUCUUCAAGGCAAUGUAUUCAUAAAAUUAUUUACAGAUAUGAUAUAUAUAUAUAUAUACAUACAGGGUUUUUCCUGGCUCAAAUUGAGGCAGAGGUGGCACCAUCCUGACCAUGCGCCAUGACGUGCAUGUAUUUGUAAAUUCAACUGACUCACUUUCUUUUACAGGCAACAUACUUUAAGUUAAGAAUUCAAAAAAGAGUGUGACCAUUAUCAUGUUAAAGCAUUCAUUUAUUAAAACUAUAUACAUACACAAAUCAGCUGGCAACUUUAAAUUGAAAGUACACUUCAUCCACACAUCUCGCAACCAGACAGAACAUUUCAGCCUCCUCUUUUUCAUUCUGUAGAACCUCCUCAUGCACUCCUUGUAGUCCAAGGCCUCCUGGUCUGGUCCAUCAGCGGCCACCUUACAACAGACAUCCAAGUGCCUCUCCUUCAGUCUGUUCCGCAGAGGUGUCUUCACCUUAAACAAAACAAUUCAUCAUGCAUUAAGUAUUUUUGUUUUUAUUCUGAUACAGACAUGAAGAGCGAUAGUGUUUAGAAACAGACUAUCAUAUAUAAUUUAUAUGUAUACGCUGCAGUGUCCUCCCUAAAAAAAACGACAACCAAUUAUUUCUUAAACUAUCUAAACUAUGUUAUUUAUUUUUUGUAACUUUAUUAGUUGAGUGUUUUUAGGUACUACCAUCUUUAAUAUACUUCUCCUUCUCUUCUGCUGCUUUGUGAACGGCUGUCACCUCAUGUCUUUUUAAUGUGUCCAGCCUGUAGUUGGUUGAUGGCUGUCUUACUAAGGAGGCAGCGAUCGCCUGCUGUGUUGGGGCACAGUGCUUUUGGCAUAAAUAGCAGUGCAUGCCUUCCUCAGUAUGCCUGAGCCAGGUAAAUUGAUUGAGCCACUGCUUGUCAAAGCCACUGGCUCUGUGUUUUUGAGAAGAUCUGGAAAGAGGAAUAAAAACCACGUACAUGUUGGCUUUGCGUUAUGCUCCUAAUUGGAAACUAAUUAAUUAAUUAAUUACCCUCGCCUCGCCGACUCGUCCUGUCCUGCAUUCUGACCCUCGCGAUCACCAGUCCCUUCUGAAGUACUUUCAGACCUGACACAAAUUUCCACAUGUUGUCACCACCAUGAAUUAUAGCAUUUUAACUGCCUGUUACGUUUUUUCUCUGCUGUGUUUCACCUGGACUCGUGACUUUCCUCCUCGCGAGGUCGCUUUUUAAAGUACUGGCUGAUUUUGCCUGUCAUAUCUGCAAUGCUAAAAAACGGAGGAAACUUUUUUUUUAAAUAAACACGACAUGCUUGGAUGCACAAAAGACAAGCAGUAUUUACCUGUUUGUACCAUCCGCCAGGGAAAAUCAGGACGCCGAUAGCACCAACUAGCGGGAAAAAAACUUGAAAAAACAUGAUUCCAUCCGUUUCUUCUUCGGUAGAUGCUUCAGGUCUUUCCGGUGCACUGCUGUUGAUAUAGCGCCUCUAUAGUGGCGCAACGCUGCAACUGCAGUUAAAAUACGUUGCUGCUGCAGAGGGACAUCAUACGCUCGAUCAACACAGCUGGAGCUUUACGCUGUGUUGAGCGAAAUCAAUCGCUCUGGCUGGGGGCGGCACAAAAUUAGGUGGAGGCGGCCGCCACGCAAUUUUGAACGCAGGAAAAACCCUGUACAUAUAUGACACUUAGCACAUGAGCGUUGAUAUUCUUUAAGUACUGGCAGUACUGUCCUAUUCUUGAUUUUGUCAUGGAAAAUAGUGAAAUGUCUAUUCAGUGAGACACUUUUUUGCAUUAUUCAUUAUGAAUACAUGAAAAUGAAUAACUCCUAUAUAGCUGAAAAUCAGUAGUUUGCAUGUGUAUUGUUACCCUCAGCCCUAUUUACACUCAGUGUGGCAUUUAUGUGUCUGAGGUUGUUAGAGUCAAGCUUUCAUGAUAUAAACACAAAACAAAAAGGGAGAACCCAAGUCUAGAACUUAAAAAAACAUUAAAGCUAAAUCAAAAGGAAAAACUCACGAGGAGAACAGACGGGGACGACACACAUUGACAUCGACUGACAUACACUGACACUGAACCAACGUUGAGGGAAUGCUACACAGGGACUUAAAAUUGACAGAGUAACAAGUAACAAGAGGCAGGUGAGACACAACUACACAGAUGCAGACAACCAUGAAGGAGGGAAAACACAGGAAGUAAAACCAGACUAGACAUACAUGGAUCAACUACUACAAAAUAAAACAAGAAGUCUAACUUAACCAGACACUCAAGAGCAGGGAACUACAAAAUAAAACAGAAAACACUGAAAACUGAUGCAAAGAGUAAAACACUGAGAACACAAGGGUAACAGGCUCAAAGACAAACUGAAAACUCACAAAACAGGAUCACAGGGGACAGAAACACUCUGGAAAAUACAACUAAAUUACAAAACCAGGAAAAAAUUUAAUACACAAGAACUAAUCAAGACACAAGCACUAUUUUAAUAUCCAAGGUUAGCUGUUUUAAUCAGUGUCAUAUCGCUACAAAAACUUUUCAAAUUGAUAGUUUUGUUGGUUUUGCUGGAUGCGUGUUAAUCCACUUAUACUUGCAUGCUCAGCCCCUUGUGCACACCAGGCACAGCUGAAACAAACCCUUGGUGCCUGAGGCAGUAAGCAUAUAUUGUGCAUAUGAAUGAGCUGGCUUGGGUUGAGCCAUCAGGUUUUAAUUUGUGUCCAAAGACCUCUCACCGCUUAUGUCAAGGACCCGUGUUCAGUAGGAGGCACUGUGCCCUUGUAUGAUACCUACUAAUACCUUUUUAAAUUACUCUUUGAGACCUUGCAUCUGUGUAGCCUCCAGUACCAUACGCACUGACCUCUGCAGUUAUUCAUUAUAUGAAUCAAAUAACUUACUGUAUUGUAACUGCUGAACUCUGAUGCUCAUUCAGAAGAAAAGGUCCCUAGAGGCAUAACAAUUAUUUCUGUAAUUCUUUGACUGUUGAGCUGAAUAACUGUGGUAUUUUAGUAUCUUAAAAUGUUAGUUUUCCAGUCAUUGAUUCAUGUUUUAAAUUGCUAAACACUAGAGACAAAAAAAAACAGUUUCCUAUAAACUGUGUAAGACAUAAAUUGUCAUUAGAACUGCAGUACUCACAGGUCAGAUAGUCAUAAUAUGGUUUUAUGCUAAUCAGAUUUCACUGCAGAUCACUUUUUCUGAAACGACUGAUUUAGCAUUUAGAUUGUGUCAGUUUUUUUGUGAAAGCAGAGAGCAGGUCUGUUAACUGAGCCCAAAGAAGAGACUUUCUGGGACUCACAAACAAACAGUGCAUUAGUGGUGGGGAUCAGAAUAUGUUUCAAAGCCAGAGAAGCCUACAACUUUGAGCUUGGCAGUUCUGAUAUCGAGUCUUGUUGAUCUUUUAAGGAUUUUGUUAUGUAUUAGAUCAAGUUGUAUUUCAACUCACUGGUGCACAAACACAAAUUUAUUGUCAAGUAAAAUUAGAAUGCCGGCCAACAGGUUUCAAACUAAAAAAAGGAGCUUUGGUGGUCAGAUCAUGGCCAAACUUGUGAGGAGCUACAUUGACCGAAGCAGAACAUCAGGAGGAAUCUAAAUCAAAUUGUAACAAAAUAAUUUCUUGCAAGGGACACAACCUUAAUCAGUGCUGUGCCUCAAAUUAAAUCAAAAUGCUUAUCUUUGAAUUUGACCAGCUUUAAAAAACUCCACUAACCACGACUGCUACUGCUGCUGCUGCUGCAGCUGCUGUGGGACAAUAACUCUCCUCUAUCACUCAAAGCAGCAGUGGUAGUCCCACACAAACUUUCCCGUUAUUCCUGUAAGUUAAAAACAGUAACCCAGAGUGUUGGUAUACAGUAGGAUAAAGGCCAGUUACCUAACUAGACAAGGCAACAAAAAGUAACAAUGUGUGCCUUCUUACUGUCUCCUUCCAGGAUUAAACUUGAACAUUACUCUAAAUGUAUAAGCCUCCAUAACACAUAAACUUGUAAAUGAGUGGAGAUGACCAUAGACUGAUCAGGGAUCAGGGAAUCCAUGUAAAUGUUUUAUAUUCCCAGGUCGAUGAAUGUAAUGAAACCCAGCUUGUUGUUUAAGUUUAAUUGGCUGGUAAAUGUCUUGCUUUGUUUGAAUUGAUUGUAUACUAUCCUAUUGCCCUCAUUUAACAUCAGUUUUAAGAGGCUAUCCAGACAAGGUUAUUGUAAUCACACACAAAUUACUAUACAAUCUAAAUGGAAUCUGCCUCAAGAGAUCAGUAAACAUUACUACUUUUAUAAAAAGAUGGACUUCUUAAAAUUCUCCACUUCUUUGAGUAUCCCUCUCCUAUUUGGUUUUCUCCUUUUAAAGCGUUUUAGCUGUUUUCAUAGCUUUUGAACUGUGUUUUUGUAAAGUUUUAAUCCAUUUGCAUAUUUAUUCAGUGUCUCUGUGUUUCUUUCUGCCUUCAUUGAAACACUUAUUCUAAUACCUUCAACUCUGAUCAUCAGUGGCGGUUCUAGACUAAAUAACUCCCCGGGCGAGACCCCCUCCUUAAAUAAGCUCAAAUAAUAAAUAUACACUACAUAAAAGUGGCAAAUAUUUAAAAAAAAAUGUAACAAGACAGUACGAGAGGAGAAGAAUAAUAUAGAAUAUUAAAUAAAAUAUAGACUAAUAAUCUUACAUAGCAAAUCACACAAAUUUGAAAACACACUGAAGAAAAAGUGAUUGUUCUAUGAUAAGAAACACAAACUAAAACUAAAACCUGACCUUUCCUGCCUUCCUUGAUGCAAAAUCAGCAAUAAUCUCGUCAUAAGAAAUCUGCUCCCCUAUUAACCCAUUAAGACCUGAACUCUGUCUGAGCCACGCCUCUGUAAUACUGAGGGCCGUUUAAAGAAGGGCCCCCAGAUCCAGACGUUUUCUGAAGUGUUGAGGUUUACAAAAAAGCUGAUAUCUCAGCCUCUGUAGCAGAUACAAACAAAAUUCAAAAAGUAUUUGAGAGCUUACAGGUGUGGCUUUUAAGCCACAUAACUAUCUUUUAUUUGUCCAAACUUUCAACACAUUAUUGAAUAGCUUGAACAAACUUAAAUGAAAUAAAGCGGCUGUAUAAAUAAAAGUAAAGACUCUGCACUGGAGAAUAACAAAUUGUUUGCUUUCUGUAAAACAAGUGGCAGUCAUGAUAAAGGGUCUAUUUAAUUCAAAUGUAAAUAUAAAAAUUAAAGUGUUGAAAGGGUAUACAGCUGCCCUAGUAUAGUGCCAGUACAAAAACAGCUCUAAAAAAUAAAAAAUAAAUAAAUGAACACUUGGCUGACAGUGUAUUCAUCUCUGUGCUCACCCAAAGACAUGCAACACUCAUCGCCGAUAGUGUGAGCCUCAGUAUGAAGAGGUUGUUCACACUGCUGGAUGUUUCUCCUCCAAAGCUGCUCUCUGCCUGUCAUUGUUUACUUUCCUCAUGACACACGUAGCAAGAUCCGAGCAUGAAUCCGAUCGCUUUAUUAGCUUAUCAGAGGCAGACUGGUAUGAUGAUUUGAUUCACCACGACUCCAGAAAUGAUUAACAAACUACAGAAUGUCACAAAAUGAUGUAUCCGCGCUCCCGGCUUGAAGGCUGAAAUGCGUACAUACUGUCCCGGUUUAAAUGGGUUAAGUGAUUGAUGACGGCAAGGCCAGUGAGCCAUUCCUGAGACAUGGUUGACCUUAGGUACGACUUUAUCAACUUCAGUUUUGAGAAGCUCAUCUCUGCUUGAGCCACCGUGACUGGCAGAAUGAGAGCAAUCCUAAGAGCAGAGCUGUCCCCCACGACCCUUUCCCCGUUUCGUCUCAUACAGUCUGUCAGCCUCUGUGCGGCACCUUCGCAGCAAGCAGGGGUGCCUACAGCAGCAGGGGGGCACCAAUUUGACAACAAGAGUUAAUACAAAACCGCUUUGCGGUGCAGAUUUAUUAUUAUUAUUAUCUUUUAUUUUAUUUUUUUGGAAGUGCUCGUGCCGCCCCCCCAUGAGUCAUGACACAAAUGCCGCCCCAGGCGGCUGCCCUGUUCGCCUGUGCCUAGAACCGCUACUGCUGAUCAUAUUUAUCUCUCUUCUCUUUGCAAUUUUUUCAUAGAGCCUCAUAUUGGCAAGCCUCUGAAAUUUAGCCUGUGUCAUAUAUUAUAACGACUUUAGAUUAAUGACUCCUGUUUAUUGCCCUCAGGGUGCUGCCUCGUGUUUGGCUGGGUAGCUGCCCUCGACAGGUGGAACACGUGACCAUAAAGAUGAAGCAUGAGUUGGGCGUUACAGCAGUGAUGAACUUUCAGACAGAGUGGGAUGUGGUGAACAACUCCAGUGGCUGCAGACGUGACCCUGGAGAAAUCAUGACCCCUGAGACCAUGAUGUAUCUGUACAAAGACUGUGGCCUGGUUUAUCUGUGGAUACCUACACUUGACAUGAGCACUGAGGGUGAGUGGGUAGAUGAAGAUAUGCUAAAAUCAUCAAAGCAAUAUGCUUAGGGUGAAAAACAUCUGGGUGGUCAUCACUCUUUUAAAAGCUGCCCCUGUCUGUAAACACUUUUACCUUGGCGGCAAAGGGUGAGCAUUUCUAUUGUCUACAGCAUAAAAGAUUCUUUGUUGGUUUCAAUUUGACACUAAGGGUUGUAAAGAGUCCAGUGACUAUUAUGUUGGUGUUUGUUAUAAUUCCUCACACUACAGGAGUUAGAUGGACUUGGUUGAAGUUCUUGCCUCUCAUAAACUGUUUCAAUAAUGACUUGGAGAGUUGGAAAAUCUUUCAUUAACAAAACACAAAAAAGGUUUCUAACCUUGUCCUUAUGUGACCACAUUCUGAGCCCAGACGUCCCUGCAGUAUACACCACCACAUGGUAAUACCACCACAUUUGUGGCCAACCAUAAAGGCUAUCAGAAAAAAAACGGCAUUGCAAUUUUUUCUUUCUGUGACUAUUUAUGGUUAUAUUAAAAAAGUUUAGGAAAUUAAGCCAUAUCAAGAUAGAGGUUAAUUUUCUGUACAUAAACACAAUUAAAAGUUAAUUAUUGUUUUUUUGUAUUUUCUGUUAACAAAACUAAUCUAAUCUCUUGAAUUUCCCUUCGGGGAUUAAUAAAGCUCUUCUUAUUCUUAUCCUCAUUUUCACCUUAUUUGGCCUUUUACCAAAUCUGUCACUGCAUAAUGGGAAACUCAAGCAUCGUCAGCCAUAACAUUACUCAGUUUGUGACAUCAAGAAGAAGUGUGUGUCUUUAUGUUGUUCUUCUUGUUUUACACAUCACAUGUUUCGCAUGAAGGGAGGGGCUUGGAGUAGAGUCAGAUGAGGUGGCUCGGGCAUCUAACCAUCUAAGCUUUGUGAGGUGUUCAGCAUUUCACUGUUUCUUCUAAAUGCACGUUAUAUCCAACAAAGCAAGGUCAACAAGGCUUCCAUCUAACAGGUAAAAUGUUCAUGCUGGGUGAGACAUUUCGGAUUGCAUACAGUAAACAAUGUACAUAUUCACGACAAGAGACAAAGAUUUUGCGAUGUGUUUAUUGCAGAUGCUCAUUCUGCAAUGUUGGUGCAACUUGCAGCCCUUGCAUCCAUAAUUCCUUUUUAUUCCUGUCAGUAUGGUAACUGAGUUUAAAAUCUUGUAGCCUGAUCAAAGAUUGAGACCAACACAUAAAACAAAAUUUGUUGAAGAAAUAUAAAAUCAUCCAAAGUAAAGAGACUAGUUGCGCACUUUUGUUGUUGGUGUUUAUUAAGGAGACCCCUGCAGCCCUGUCUUCUCAAUGUAUAAUAUACUAUAUUAUUAUUUACUCUUGCAGGUCGGAUCAGGAUGCUUCCCCAGGCUGUGUUCUUGCUCCACGGCCUCCUAGAGAACGGUCACACCAUCUACGUCCACUGUAACGCCGGAGUUGGCAGGUCAACGGCAGCUGUGUGUGGCCUGCUCAUGUACGUCCUGGGUUGGAGCCUGAGGAAGACGCAGUACUUCAUUGUAGCCCGCAGGCCUGCUGUGUACAUAGAUGAGGAAGCUUUGGUUCAGGCUCAGGCUGAUUUUAUCCGAAAGUUUGGUCAUCUACGAUCAUCCAUCUCUUACCCCGAGUCAUGAGAGAGAAAUGUCUUCAAACUGGACCUCCAUUUACUCUGAGGAUAAGAAUUACUGGACUUUUUGUGUUUAAGAACAUACUGUACAGUCAGCACAAAAGGUCCCUAAAGGAGAAAAAACCUAUAGCAAGAAAAUGAAGUUUCUCUAACUUCAAUUUAACAUACAUAAAUGACCCACUUCAGUUGAGUGGCUUUCCAAUUCAAGUUGAUCCCAAAGUAUCUGCACAGAGGUCUGCUGGCUGCCAGCAGAGAUGUUGUGAGCAAUUAAUCCGACAGUGACGUGUUAACUUUUAACUUCAGGAAUUAGUCGUUGCACCACUUUAACACAUUCACUUGCAAAGUGUGCUCUUGAAAUCAGCCAAAGUUUUCAGAGGGUGUUUGCAGGUUUGAUUGGAAAGACCUUUUAUGAAUGUGCUGUUUUUCCCUGUAAUAACCGUUAAGUUAAGCUGACAUUUGAGAAGGCUAUCGACGAAAAACUGUGCAAGAAAGAGAAAAAUAAAUUUUCAAGGAUUGCUUGUGCUUUUUUAUGCAAAACUUGCUUUAUGGAUGUAAAAUGAUUUGUCGUGGUCCUUUUUUCUCCAUGGUGAGAGGUCUAAAGUUGCAUGAAAAUGGCCCUCCUUGCCAAAGCAAAAAAAAAAAAUCCAUUUUCAAAACUAAAAUAACAACAAUGCCUCUCAGCUACCAGACAUUGAGGAACAAAGCCCCACCUCUCUCACUCUGAGAGCGCUAGAUAACAUUUCAUCUUUAUUUUGCUGAACCAUCUGCCAAAUAAUAAAAAUAACAUCCCUGCCUGACUAUAAUAAUGCAUUCAUAAUAAGAUGUUAUUGGAAUACAGCUGUAAAUUUUCUGCUUUAUGUUUAGACUUCUGUUGAGGAUAUAUCGCUUAUUUAAAACACAAUGGUUUUGCUGCUGGAUCUUGAGUUGACAAAGUUAUUGCAUCAGUGAAGAGGAAAGAGUUUUCACUUAAGGCACACGCCAUAUACUGUUUAAUUGCUUUGAACUGAGUCCCUCCAGAAAACAGCACCUGAUGAGG